AUGUCUGAAUCAGACUCCACAUAUUUGGCGCUCAGAGACACGUGUGUGCGCGGCGAGCUUCCAGACGACCUCGGCUCAAUUGCGUCGCUGCUCACACCUGUCAAAACGCUGCAGAUCUUGCUCGUCGAUCUGCCCGAAACGGUUUCUCUGCGACUCUGUUUUGAGGCUGCGCAAUCGGCGCUCAAGGGCUCUGACGCCGCAGAGUCUCUUCCCUUGCCUGACGCAUUUGCUUUUCCAGAAGCUGUUGUUGCAAAACUGGUGGCUGAGGCUGAUAGUUCGCUUGAGGAACAGGUGCACAGAUGGCAUUUUGACAGCAGUCAGGAUCUGUAUUUUCAGUUUGUCCAGGCCAGGAUCUUCAAAACCAACUACUAUUUGGGCGUUUUGCCGGCUCCAGACGAGAUCGAGGAUCUUGUGGUAGCCUCAGAGUUCUCAUCCAAGCAAUUGACAGACUGGUGGAGCCUGUUCUAUGUGCCACUCGCCAAUUUGGCUCAGUACGGAGACGUCCCUCUGUUGCUCGACUUUGUUGAUUAUUACUCCCCGACGGAACAAACCGAAUUGUUUAUCGGACUACUUGACACCUCGAACCAUGACCGGAUCGUCCAUUGGCUUUGCAAAUACCACACUUAUCUCAACGACAAUGGCUCAACUAUCAAUAACUACAUCCUUUCGCUAGGAAAUGCCAUCGUCACCAAAUCGAGCGUUCAGAUCGAGUCCAAAUUCGAAAUCCUCACAGUGCUUGUCAAGUCCAGCGAUCUGUUGGCCUACCUGCAAGCCAGCGGUGCCUUACAGAAGUUUGUCAGCAUAGUUCUAGCAAUUAUUUACCUCUGUCCCGAGGUGUCGCUUUCUCUUUACGUGAAGAUGAAAGAAAUUCUUGUUUGUCUCAAAUUCGUCGAUGCUGAAUAUCUGGCUCCUAACACAGACCAAAAUCUUACACGGAAAGCUUCGCUGCAAGAGAUGGCAGACUCUAUCGUGCCUUGUCCAGACACCAUCAAAAUUCUGACGCAAUAUGUCGAAACGGGAGAAAGACUUUUCUCCAACAAUAUGUCGCUAGCUCAGGUGGCUGAGCUGCCUGAUCUAGGUCCACAAGAUCAGUACAACCAGCUGGAGAAAUUCGUCCUCACAGAAUCUGAGUAUUUGACAACGGCUAAGCAAUGGGAAAGCUUGCUCAGCUCGGUCUACUGUCUCGUCAACAACACACAUGUCUUUAACAAAGUCAAGCUAGCGCAAGUUGAUGAGCUUGUUUUGAGCAAACUGCUGUCCAAAAACAUGUUUGCCCUGACCACCUCUGUCUUUUUGCCCAAAUACUGUACGCUGGAGACUGGCCAAAUAGAUAAAAUUCUUAUAAACACAGCAUGGGAGUUCUACCGCAAAGCAACCAAUUGCGACCCGUCGAUGGGACAUCUUAAGAGCGCCCGAAACUGCCUGCAGAUGGCUAGCUCUGGUACGUUGCAACUCGAGCAGCUCAUCACAGCGAAUCAAGAACUGUUGCAUUGGAAACUAUAUUUUAAGCCGGGUGUUCCAAUCAAGCCGCUAGACAUCUUGGAGGCCAAAGAUCCUUUGAAGAUUGUGUCCAGAAUUCUGGAGCUGAACGACAGUGCGUACAAAGAAACAGAACUGUUGGACUCGUUGCUUUUACAUUUGAGCACCGGCCUGGAUAGCCAGGAUGAGAUGGCUACCGUCAAGCUACGCCUCCUCUGCCUUGAUUUUGCUAUUGCUCAAGACUUUGGCCACUCAUUGCAAUUGGCGUUGACCUUGAUUGACCUGGCCGUCGACGCCAAGAAAAAAGAUCCCAAACUAUUUGGUCUGAUCCAGGAAAGAUGGUUUUCCAUAUUCCAGCUCGUUAAGAACGACUAUGCCGAGCCACAAGAGCACGAACAGAUUACACAGAAACUCCACCUGUUGCAGCACCUGAUGCUGAUAGUGCCUACUGAAUUCAACACCAAUGUUCUUGAGCAAUGGCAGCUACUUAAUACCAUUCUUGACCAACUCGUACCGGAGACUCCUCCGUCAGGACAGGCGAAGAUCGAGAAAUCGAAUGACCUGGGUAAAAAUAUCAUUGGCUGGAUAGUUGGAGCCCAAUAA